CAGUUGCGAAGAAAGUUCUUUCCAUUUACAUGAGAUUUUCGGAGCAAUGCCGAAACGGUUUUUGAGUUUCUAUCGGCGUCGAUACGUACCCACCCAAAUAAUUACCCCACCGGCGACCGAAGAAGUUCGUGAUGCUACUAAAGGCGCGCCCUUCUUGUCAACUACGUCAUUCUCCCAGCCCCGCCGAUUGAAGCUGUUCAGUUUAUCGGAAUAUCGUGUGAUUAUUUGACUGCGGAUAUAACGAGAAGUUCAAGACGGCGUAGAAACCAUAACCGCAACUUCAAUUGCCCAUUUUCAUCCUCAUAUUAGCUAGAUAAUUGCCAAGUCAACAAUUACCAUGGCAAACUUGAAAGAUUAUCGCCUCCUCUCUUUCGAUGUCUACGGCACCUUGAUAGACUAUGAAACUGGCAUAUUGUCAGCUCUCCAACCUCUCCUCGAUUCAAAUAAUCGCACGGACAUCACCCGCCUGCAACUACUAGAGACCUACCACGAAUUUGAGGUCAAGCAGCAACAAGAAACUCCUGAUAUGCCGUACUCUCAGCUCUUAACUAAGAUUUACGGGCGAGUGGCGCAAAAGCUAGGACUAGCACCACCAACUGAAGAAGAGUCGAGAGCUUUCGGUAAUUCCGUACGCGAUUGGCCGGCAUUCCCGGAUACUGUCGACGCGUUGCACCGACUAGCUAAGCAUUACAAGCUAGUUGUGCUCUCCAACAUUGAUCGUGUCUCGUUUGGUCUAACCAAUUCUGGCCCGCUAAAAGGAUUCCCAUUUGAUCUGGUGAUCACGGCCCAGGAUGUCGGCUCCUAUAAGCCAAACCCUAAGAACUUUGAGUACAUGCUCAAAGCCGUGAAAGAAAAGUUCGGUGUUGAAAAGGCACAGGUGUUACAGACCGCACAGAGUCAGUUUCAUGAUCAUCAUCCAGCACGAACCAUGGCAAUAAAAUCAGUGUGGAUCGAGAGGCCAGGGGCAAUUAUGGGUAAUAGGGAGAAGGAAAUUUACGACUGGAAAUUCAACACACUAGGGGACAUGGCUGAUGCAUUAGAAGCAGAACUCAAUGCUUCAUAAAUGUGUUGAACUAUCUGUUAAUAAAUCAUGCACACUGCUACUUCACUACACUGCGUAUCU